CGAAACAAUCGUAUGCAUAAGUAGGCCUGGUUGAUGGCACCCCUAUCAAACGUACGAAUAAAUAUCAUUCGUCUCGCAUGUGCCCUAAGAUUAAAGCGUCAGUAAGGACAUCGUUAAUUACUCGGGGAAUGUCAACUUGCGGAAUACAGUCAUGAAAUAAGUGAAAUAUUGGACCACGUGAGCGUUAAAGAUGGAGCCAGAUGAAGAGGAGCUGUCAAUACGGGAUGAUUACGUCGGUUCCGGUUGUGACGCUCAAUCUGAGAUGGACGCCGAUAAUGAAUCACAGUAUGAUCAACAAUCGCAUCGAACAGGCACAUCACGCGUCGACGACGAAUUUAGGCCAAUUGUAACAUCAUCACCGCGCCUUCUAUCGAAAGCAAGCUCAAUAAAACACCUAGGUCACAGUUUUGAUUUUCAUUCUCGGACAAACUUCGAUGCUACUCAAAAUAUCUUGCAAUCUAGAAGUGAUAGUUAUCUUUUAGGACGGCCUCCGCCGGAUUACGACAUAUGGAAACGAAAACCACCCGAUUUCAGGCCACAGGGUUUUGCCCCGCGUCCGCCACCUCGGAACUCAAAAUAUGCUAUGAAGCCGUGGAUGUAUAGUACGCCGAAGGACUCUUACUACGCCGAACGCUUAAAACAAUCGAAAGAGGUGGUUUUACUGCCUGAUAUAGCUAAACCAAGAGUGACGCAGAGUAUGGAUAAGCCAGAGUUUAUCAGACGAUUUCAUAUUGUUGAUUCGGAGGAGGCGAGACAGGCAUUCGUCAGGGAAGGACAGUUCCCGACUGAACCGUAUGAACCGCCGAAGCCACAUGACUUCAGAGGGUAUCCAUCAAUCAAGAAGCUAGGCCUUGAUGAGUUCCUUACCAGUUAUGAAAGGGAUCCUUUCAAUAUCAAGUUCCAUACAAAUCACCCAAGAACAAUUGUUGGCCAGGCUCUGGGCGUGACAGAGAGAGACAUCGAUCCCGGCCCAGACUUCGCACCCCCGCUGAAACAGCCACCGAAAUGGGAGGUCGAGCUGCAUCACCCACAAGAUCCAUUCCCUAACAGACCAAGAGACUACACGCGCUACCGUCGAAGGAAUCGUGACGUCCACAGCGCGUUCAUGGACCGAGUGGACGAGACAUUGACAGUCAAAUGGUGCAAGGAACAGAUGGAGCGAGCGCUGAGAGAACAACAGACUCCACGAGAGGUCAAGGUUAAUUAAUGCUGCCGUAGUCACCGUAAGAGGGCGACACUGUUAGACUGGUCGUAAAGGCUAAGCCUGCGCCGUUGACAACUUCAAGCAGAAUCAGGCAUAUUGUAUCGCUAAAUGGCUGCUGAAAACAUUUGAAUAUUGGAAACAAUUAUGCAGCAGUCACUGAGCAUACGUCUUCGUGCUGUCGUUCAAACUCAUAUCAACAGGAAACAGUUGACUGUCAUUGUCGAGCACUAUUUGUAACAAUUUGUACAUUCGAUAAACAAUCAUCAGGAGCUAAUUGGUAAUUACUGUUUAUUAUGUACAUGUACAUUGUAUAUCAGUUUAGCAUGUUUAGUAAUUUUUCACAAAUUUGAUUUCGUUCAGCACUUACUUCGAAAUAAUAUUAAGUCGGUUCUCAAAACAUUAGACACCACACAUGCACUUGUUUUUUUACUGCCACCGUUGUAUGAAUGUCUGUAACAAUAAACGUUAUUAAAGUCAUAAGAAAUAUGUUUCCCUGACGGACCAUAAUCUCCUGUCCGUCCAAUGUCUUAGACCAAGUACCAGUAGAAUGGAAAAUAUUAGUUGCAUCAGUUCUGUUGUAAUGAUAUCUUUUUAUCAUCAGAUACAGCAGACUUUCCUCAUCAGUCCCUUUUGAUUCAAAGAAAAUUAUUUUCAAUGCUUUCACUGAAAACGCGUAGGAACUGUAUCAGAUAGCCACAUGGCUAUCCCGUGACCUAUUUAAGUAGAUGUUUAGACAAGCUAGCAAUCUGUGAUAACAUGCCCUGCAAUAAUUGUGAUACGUCUGUAAAUAAAAUGUUAAUA